UUCGCUUCUCUCUCUCUCUCUCUCUUCCAACAAAUCUCUGUCGUUUUCCCCGUUAUCUCUUUAAGUCAUGCCGUCUGAAUCAAACCAAACCCGCCCCGCCCGAGUUCAGGGCUCAACAGCGGCUUACCCUCCUCCGAAUCUGGUAGAGCCACUGCCUUGUCCUCGCUGCAACUCCAUCAUCACCAAGUUCUGUUACUACAACAACUACAACCUCUUACAGCCUCGCUACUUCUGCAAAUCUUGCCGCCGUUACUGGACUCAAGGUGGUACACUCCGCGACGUCCCAGUCGGCGGUGGAACUCGCCGGAGCUCUUCCAAACGCAACCGCUCUUUCUCUUCCAACGCCACUACUGCCUCCUCUUCCUGCUCUUCUUCCGUCGUAACAACGGCCAACGGAUCAGAACUGACGAACCAAGGGGCCGUCACACACGAAGCAAAGGGUAGUAAUGAAAUCUCAGCUUACGGAAGUUUUGCGUCUUUGUUAAGUGGACAGAGCGACGGAGCAGCGUUUCUGGCGUUGGGUAACGGAAGUGGAAGCGGUGGGUUAGAUUACGGGUUUGGGUACGGGUACGGGUUGGAGGAGAUGAGUAUUGGGUAUCUUGAAGGAGGCUCCGGAGGAGAGAUACCGGUGGUGGGUGGUGGUGACACGUGGCAGAUUGGGGAGAUUGAAGGUAAAAGUGGGGACAGUUUAUGGCCUGGUCUCGAGAUCUCCAUGCAAAGCAACGGUGCUAAGUGAAAUAAACCGUUUAUGACUCGUCUUAUUUUUUUUUUUGGUAAUCGACUCUUGUCUUAUUCUUCAUCUGUUCUGUCUUUUGUUCGUUUCCUUUUGGAAAUAUCUGUUAGUGUGUUUUUUUUUCCUAGUGGGAUAGGGAGAGACCAAAGAAGCAAAUUAAACAGGAAAGAGAAAAAAAAUAGAAGGAAGGUUUAAUGUCUUUUUUCUUUUCUUUUUUGAGGUCUAAACAAGGGUGGUUUGUAAAUCCUCUGUUUAUGUGAUGAACAUAUUGGAAUGCCUUUCAAGUAGUAAAUGG